AGAUACUUUGAGUGAUGACUCCGCUGAUGGAGAUGCUCCUAUCUUCCCCUAUAAAAAUCAUUAUCCACUCGCACCUUUCUUAGCCACACACUGCCUUGUUCACUUUGAACAUAAACCAAGAACAUACCAUUCUUUGUGAGCUUUAGUGAUCUAAACCAAUGGCGAACUCCACCAUUCUUCUUGAUUACUGGCCAAGCAUGUUCUGUAUGAGGGCUAGAGUCGCGCUGAGAGAGAAAGGUGUUGUGUUCGAGGCCAGAGAAGAGGAUCUCACGAACAAGAGCCCUUUGCUCCUCCAGAGUAAUCCGAUUCACAAGAAGGUCCCGGUUCUGAUCCACAACGGUAAACCGAUUUGCGAGUCUCUCAAUGUUGUCCAGUAUGUGGACGAGGCUUGGUCUGACAAGAACCCAUUCUUCCCCUCUGAUCCUUACGGGAAAGCUCAGGCUAGGUUUUGGGCUGAUUUCGUGGACAAGAAGUUUAGUGAUGCCCAGUUCAAGAUAUGGGGAAAGAAAGGUGAGGAACAAGCAGCAGGGGUGAAGGAGUUUAUUGAGGCAGUGAAGAUUCUUGAAGCUGAGCUUGGAGACAAACCUUACUUUGGUGGAGAUAGCUUUGGAUAUGUAGACAUUGCACUUAUUACAUUCUACAGUUGGUUCGGAGCAUACGAGAAGUUUGGUAACUUCAGCAUCGAGGCAGAGAGUCCAAAACUGAUUGCUUGGGCUAAGAGGUGUAUGGAGAAAGAGAGUGUGUCUAAGUCUCUCCCUGACCAAGAGAAAAUUGUUGCGUACGCCGCUGAGUUUAGGAAGAAUAAUCUCUGAUCUGAAUAAAACCUUGUUUGUGCCUUCUGUUUCUGAUGAUGCUGUGUUCUGUUUUUAACUUUGGUUUUUGUGUGUUUCCUAAUAAUGCGUGAGGGCAAGCGUCAGUCUUUGUGUGGUGGUUUGUAUGGACCCUAAGUAAUGCAUUUUAAAAUAAAAUCUAUUUCCAAAUA